GAGGCUGAAUGCGUCGCCAACGAGAUGGCAGUCCAUGUCCUCCUCUCUACCUCCGCCGCAAUCCGUGGCUUCCAAGGUUCAGCGAUUGAAGGACAAUGUUAAGGUACUUUGCACAGCUUGCUAGAAAAAACUACUUGCAGUUAAGACAAGAAGCAACUGAACUUCACGCAUAUGCAAAUGCAAAGCUUGAUCGAGUUACACGAUAUCUUGGUGUUCUUGCUGAGAAAUCCCGCAAGUUAGAUCAAGCUGCCCUUGAAACUGAAGCAAGAAUAUCUUCAAUGAUCUAUGAGAAAAAGAGAUUGUUCAAUGACUUAUUGACAUCCAAAGGCAACAUACGUGUUUUCUGCCGCACAAGACCAUUAUUUGAAGAUGAAGGUCCUUCAGUCAUUGAAUUUCCCAAUGAUUUUACUAUCCGUGUAAAUACCGGUGAUGAAUCCUUGUCUAACUCCAAGAAAGAUUUUGAAUUUGACAGAGUUUACGGUCCUCAUGUUGGACAGGCUGAGUUGUUCACUGAUGUUCAGCCACUAGUGCAAUCAGCAUUGGAUGGAUAUAAUGUUUCAAUAUUUGCAUAUGGACAAACCAAUUCUGGAAAGACGCACACAAUGGAAGGACCAGACUAUGAUCGAGGUCUAUAUGCUCGUUGUUUUGAGGAGCUGUUUGAUUUAACCAACUCAGAUUCAACUGCCACUUCUCAGUACCAAUUUAGCAUUACCGUUUUUGAGCUCUAUAAUGAACAGGCUAGAGAUCUUGUCUCGGUGUCAGGGAAAAGCAAGCCUAAAGUCUCUUUUGGAUUGCCUGAAUGUUUCAUAGAACUAGUGCAGGAAAAAGUUGAUAACCCUCCAGAGUUUGUUAGGGUUUUGAAAGCUGCAUUUCAGAGUCGAGGAAAUGAUACACUAAAGAUUAAUGUUUCUCAUUUGAUUGUCACAAUACACAUAUUUCAUAACAAUUUGAUCAUCGGUGAAAACUCAUAUAGCAAACUCUCUCUUGUUGAUUUGGCCGGAAGUGAAGGUUUAAUAACGGAAGAUGAUAGUGGUGAGCGUGUCACAGAUUUGCUGCAUGUUAUGAAGUCACUUUCAGCUUUGGGAGAUGUUUUGUCUUCUUUGACCUCAAAGAAGGAUGCUAUUCCUUAUGAGAACUCAGUGAUAACAAAACUGCUUGCAGACUCGCUUGGUGGGAAUUCAAAAACACUGAUGAUAGUGAAUCUAUGUCCAAAUAUUUCAAAUUUAUCCGAGACAUUAUCGUCUGUCAGUUUCUCUGCCAGAGCACGAAAUUCUGUACUAAGCCUUGGAAACCAAGAUACAAUGAAGUGGGGAGAUGAUGCGAAUGAUUCCCGGAAGGAAUUGUAUGCAAGAGAGAAAGAAGUCCAAGAUCUGAAGGAAGAGGUUCUGGGACUUAAGCAGCUGCUUAAAGACGCAAAUGAUCAGUGUGUUCUACUCUUCAAUGAAGUUCAGAAGGCAUGGAAAGUUACUUCUACAUUGCAGACAGAUCUAAAGGCAGAGCAUAUUCUUCUGGAAGAUCAUAACAUAGAGAAAGAACAAAGUGCUCAGCUUAGAAAUCAAGUUUCUCGUCUGUUACAGUUAGAGCAAGAACAAAACUUGAAGAUACAACAGCGGGAUUCAACCAUCCAAACCUUGCAGGCUAAAAUUGGAACCCUUGAAGCACGAUUCAAUGAAGCUCUUAGAUCCAGCAGCACUGGGUCAAAUGGCAUGAAUUCCAUUGGUAGUGGGAAUGACAUGAAUUCUUCUACAGUAAACAUGAAGCUGGAAGCAGAACUCAAGAAACGUGAUGCUCUAAUUGAGAGGUUGCACGAAGAAAAUGAGAAAUUAUUUGAUAAAUUAACAGAGAAAAAGUCUUUGUCUGGAUCGCCUCAGUUUUCAAGUACAUCAUCCAAGGGAUCAGUUAAUGUUCAGCCUCAAAAUAUAGGGAGCAAUAAUACAAGAUCUCGUUCCAUGGAUGUUCUUCCUUCACCCUUGGUGACAGAUAAAAAUGGUGGCGCAUUUGCUAUAGUUAGAUCUGGAUCUGAGAAAGAUAAGGUUACCCCAGCGGGUGAAUAUCUUACUGCUGCCCUGAAUGACUUUAAUCCAGAUCAAUAUGAUGGCCAUGCUGCCAUUGCGGAUGGUGCAAACAAGCUUCUGAUGCUGGUUCUAGCUGCAGUCAUUAAAGGUGGUUCCUUCAGGGAACAUGAGAUGCUUGCUGAAAUUAGGGAUGCUGUUUUCUCUUUUAUUCAGAAAAUGGAGCCAAAGCGAGUAAUGGAUACAAUGCUUGUUUCCCGUGUUAGAAUCCUCUAUAUACGAUCUUUGAUUGCUAGAUAUCCAGAGUUGCAAUCCAUUAAGGUUUUGCCAGUUGAGUGCUUUCUAGAAAAGGCUAAUGCUGGACGCAGUAGAAGUUCCAGCAGAGGGAGUAGUCCUGGAAGAUCUCCUGUGCAGUAUUUUGAUGAGCAGAUUCGAGGAUUUAAAGUGAAUAUAAAGCCUGAGAAGAAGUCCAAAUUUUCAUCUGUUGUUUUGAAGAUUCGUGGAAUCGAUGAGGACACCUGGAGACAGCAGGUAACUGCUGUAAAGUUGAGGGAAAUUACUGAGGAAGCGAAAGGUUUUGCAGUUGGAAACAAGCCUCUUGCUGCACUAUUUGUACAUACUCCUGCAGGUGAGCUGCAGCGUCAAAUUAGAAUCUGGCUUGCAGAGAGCUUUGAUUUUCUCUCUCUUACUGCAAAUGAUGCACCUGGGGGAUCAACUGGUCAGUUGGAGCUUAUUUCAACUGCAAUUAUGGAUGGUUGGAUGGCUGGACUAGGUGCUGCUCAGCCUUCCAACACCGAUGUACUUGGCCAACUACUACUUGAAUAUUCGAAAUGUGUCUAUACUUCCCAACUGCAACACUUGAAGGAUAUUGCUGGUACCCUGGGAACAGAAGAGGCCGACAAUGCAGCACAGGUGGCUAAGUUGCGUUCAGCUCUAGAAUCUGUUGAUCUCAAAAAAAGAAGGAUUUUACAACAAAUGAGAAGUGAUGUAGCUUUAUUUACACUGGAAAAUGGUGAUUCACCUGUGCAAAGUCCUUCUACUGCCGCAGAAGAUUCACGAUUGGCAUCUCUCAUUUCACUUGAUAGCAUAUUGAAGCAAAUAAAGGAUAUAACAAGACUUUCUAAUAUGAAUACCAUCGGGAGAAGUAAAAAGAGAGCAGUGUUAGUUUCUCUUGAUGAACUAACACAACGGAUGCCUUCCCUUCUUGAAAUUGAUCAACCCUGCGCUCAGAGGCACAUCGCAGAUGCUCGCCGCAUGAUUGAGUCAAUUCCUGAAGAUGAAAGCAGUAUAGGCAAACCAGUAACAGACCUGGGUUCUGGCUCUGAAACUGAUGCGACACAGUGGAACGUCCUCCAAUUUAAUACUGGCAAUACCUCACCAUUUAUCAUCAAAUGUGGAGCAAACUCAAAUUCAGAACUAAUAAUCAAAGCUGAUGCUCGAGUUCAGGAACCUAAAGGAGGUGAGAUCGUGAGGGUCGCACCUAGACCAUCCGUGUUGGAAGAUAUGAGCUUGGAGCAAAUGAAACAGGUAUUUGCGGAACUACCUGAAGCUCUAAGCUUGCUUGCUUUGGCAAGGACGGCAGAUGGCACUCGAGCACGAUAUUCUAGAUUAUAUAGGACUUUAGCCAUGAAGGUUCCAUCCCUUAGGAACCUGGUCAGUGAGCUUGAAAAAGAGGGUGCCCUGAAAGAUGUUAGGACAUAACCUUAUGAUUGUGAACUAACAUGCCUUGAGUCAAUUGUGUUAAUGGCUACAGUUCUUGGUAAUCUUAAUUUACGAUAGUUAUUAUGCAUGCAAAUUAAUUUUGGUGUG